AUGAUUCUCAUACGAGGAUUUUGCACUUGGUGGUUAGCCAUACUUUUCAUUUAUUCUGGCAGCGUACCGGAAGCCGAUGGAUCUCCAGUUAUUGGGGUUGACGUGGUCGGCGUCAAAGUCGACGUCCCUCAAAAACCACCGAGAAAACCAGCGUCGACGACCACUAAACCCCCCACAAUUAAUGUAACUACUACAGCCCCACCGAAACAAGUAUCAACAACUCCCCCCGAUGAAUCUGGUAAGAUUCAAGGUCGCUCAAUGAAUGGAAAACCGAAUAGACCAACACCGGAUGUGUCUUCAACAACCACCACCACCACCACUAAAGCUCCUAAAACUACUACUACCACUACUACUACAACAACCACAACGACUACAGAAAAACCUACUACAGAGGGUGGAGUAAAACUGAGUGACCUUGCUGGACAACAGCAUAAGGGUAAGAUUGAAGGACGAGGUUUUGGAAUACGGCCGAGGCCAGGCGCCGCACCUGAGGGGACGACUGAGCAGCAACCACCCACGACAGAGAACCCUGCUACCACUGAAGCCGCACCCUCGGUAACAGAACCACCCCCACAAGUUCAGAGUACCCCAAGGACAUUACCUUCCACACAACCCCCACCACCACCACACUCAGUUACAAAGGCCCCACCCACCGAAAGGGCUGGUACACCUCCUCCGCCAGUUCCUGACCCAGGGCCACCACCACCAGAAGUAGUCGAAAUAGGUCCGCAAACAACGCCAAAGGACACUGACGAAGGUUCUCCUACUGAAAGCACCCCAACACCCGUAGAAGAACCUGAGCAAUCGGAGAAGCCCCAGUUCCAAACCCAAGUUACGAAAUGGGUCAAGGAAAAUACAACCACUUCUGAAAGCGAGACGACCGACACUCCCAACUCGGCAACACCGACACCCGAUGAACAAAACCAGACUCCAACACCAGUUGUCGACCCUGGUCAGCCUCCAGGCAAGGAAAAACCUGAUAAGCAGCCACCUCAGGAGGUCACAACCCCAAAAGAGACAGGAGCACCUGAAAUAAUUUCUCCACCAGAAUCCGAAAAAACUCCUGCAGCCCAUAAUGAAACCGAACUGCACAAGAAAACCGGCAAAUCUCUCGCUCAUGGACAUGGAACGACGCCCAAGCCAAAAAAGAAGACACACCAAGAUGCACACACACCUACACCCGGUUCAACCACCAAAGUGAUCAACAACAAUCAGCCCGUUAUCAACAUUUACUUACCGCCUAACCCAUACGCCAAACCAGAACCUGGUCAGCCACCCCCCGUCCAUAAACCUAGGAAACAUCACAAUCCGCCACCCCCACCAAAACCAAAGAAAAGAAAGAGCCAGAUCAAACUCAAGGAUGGAACAGUGAUAACUUCAGAAGAAAUUUCAGGUCCGAGUGGUCCACGCGAUAAAGUGAAACGUCCAAAACAGAAAAAAACACAAGAUGACGACGACCGCAAAUCAUCAAAGUCCAGCCACGAUGGUGAUGAUGACGAUUAUGAUGGUGGAUCAUCCAAGAAACAUGGGGGCGUAGGUGGCCUCGCCUACAAGCACGUGGGCAGAAUAAAGGCCCCCGGACGAUUCGAGAUCAACUCGUUCGAGAAAUUUGAAAUGGGGGGUGGGAUGGGGGACAACGACGAUUUUCCUAGACGGAAACAUAGGCCUACCCACAAGAAGAAAAAUUUUGAAGACGAAGAGGAUCAAGACCCCGACGCGGACCACGAACUGGUCGCGAAUCCGUAUGCAAAGUCUAGCAAAAUUUCUAACACAUUGAAAAAAGACUCGGAAAUAAAAAAGAGUUCCGACAACGGAAAGAAAAAGAAGGUUCAGGAAGCUAAGCAAAGUUUGUCAAGAAAAUCUCAAGCGGACGGUGACAAUCCCGUCGUUGUGGAACAGGAGGAGGACGAAGAUAAGUUUUCAAAGUCGUCAAAAUCUAAUUUCAUGGCGGGCAUGGAUGACAUGUCGUUUUAG